AUGAACUGCCGCGCGGCGCCGUGGAGCCGCCCGUCGCACAUCGCCGGGCCGCGUGUGCCCACCCCGGCGCGGCCGCGCUUCGCGCUUGGAAGUAGGAAUCUGUGGAAGAACUCAUGGACAAUUGGUGCUGGUGUUUCAAAUAUGUUUGCGCUGCCAUCAAGGCUGUUUAGGUGCAUGGCUUCAAGUGGCUCUGGUGAUGGUGGUUUUGCUCGGUCUACAUCGACUGAUGAAGCAGUAGCACCAUUGCCGUUAUACUCUUGGCCAGAUAAGCAGAGACCACGAGUGUGCAUUUUAGGUGGUGGAUUUGGAGGCCUGUACACUGCUUUAAGACUUGAUUCUCUUGUGUGGCCCAAUGAUAAGAGGCCUCAGGUUCUUCUGGUUGAUCAAUCUGAUAAAUUUGUAUUUAAACCCAUGUUGUAUGAGCUAUUAUCAGGAGAAGUGGAUGUCUGGGAGAUAGCUCCAUCUUUUACAGAGUUGCUGAAAAACACAAGUGUUCAAUUUGUGAGAGAUAGUGUAAAGCUUCUGCGCCCUGCUGAUCACUUUAGAAGAGGACCUGGAGAACCAUGCACUGGUGGAGUUGUUCAUCUGGAAAGUGGCACUGUCAUUGAAUAUGAUUGGCUCGUUCUAGCUUUAGGGGCUGAAGCUAAAAUUGAUGUUGUUCCCGGUUCAGCUGAAUAUGCAAUUCCUUUCACGACAUUAGAGGAUGCUUUGAGGGUUGAAAGCAAGUUGAAAAUGCUAGAGAGGAAAAGGUUUGGUAAGAGUUCCCCUACUAUUGAGGUGGCAAUUGUGGGGUUGGGCUAUUCCGGUGUUGAAUUAGCUGCGACUAUAUCUGAGAGAUUAAAAAACACCGGGACUGUAAAGGCAAUAAAUGUUCAAACAACCAUCUGUCCCACUGCUCCACAAGGAAAUCGUGAUGCUGCUCUGAAGGUUCUUGAGUCUCGGAAUAUUCAGCUUUUCUUGGGAUAUUUUGUGACCUGCAUUAAAGAGGCUUCUACAUCUGAUGAUUCAAGUAGCACAGUUACAUACUCUGAAGUUGACGGUGAUCAUAGGAAACUAAUUUUGGACCUUCAACCUGCUGAAAGAGGCCUCAAAGGCCAGACUCUUGAGGCCGAUUUGGUGCUGUGGACAGUGGGUUCAACAUCUCAGAUUCCCCGGUUACAGCCUCCUGAUGCUCCCUAUGUUAUUCCUCUGAAUGGUCGGGGACAGGUGGAGACAGAGGAAACCCUUCAAGUAAAAGGCCAUCCCCAGACAUUUGCGAUUGGUGAUUCAGCAGCUCUAAGGGAUCCAUCAGGCAAACUCCUCCCAGCCACUGCACAGGUUGCCUUUCAACAAGCAGAUUUUGCUGGAUGGAAUCUCUGGGCAGCAAUAAAUGAUCGGCCUCUCCUGCCAUUCAGGUUCCAAAACCUUGGUGAGAUGAUGACGCUUGGUAGAAAUGACGCCGCGGUAACAGCAAGUUUCAUUGAAGGGCUGACCUUAGAAGGACCUCUAGGACACGCUGCUCGGAAGCUUGUGUACUACCUCAGAAUGCCCACGGAUGAACACCGGGUGAAGGUUGGAAUCAGCUGGUUCACAAAGACCGCAGUCGAUACACUUGCCUCCGUUCAAAACGCAGUAGCCAAUUCGUUUCCUCCCCCAACCAAAAUGGGCGACGCCACCGCCACCAACCCCUCCUCGCCGACCGCAGCCAUGGAUCCCGACUCCGAGGUCGUCUUCGACUUCCAGCCCUACCUCUGCCAGUACAAGAGCGGCCGCAUCCACCGCCCCGGCGGCGCCCCCACCGUCCCCGCCUGCACGGACCCCGCCACCGGCGUCGUCUCCAAGGACAUCCGCGCCGGGCCCGCCUCCGCGCGCGUCUACCUCCCUCUGGGCGCCACCGGCAAGAUCCCGGUGAUUGUCUACUUCCACGGCGGCGGCUUCGUGGCCGGCUCGCCGGCGCGGCCGGGCACGCACAACUACCUCAACGACCUCGUCGCCCGGUCGGGCGCCAUCGGCGUGUCUGGCUACUACCGCCUCGCGCCGGAGCACAAGCUGCCCGCCGCGUACGACGACGCGUGGGCGGCGCUGCGGUGGGCGGUGACGCUCGGCGACGGCGAGGACCCGUGGCUGCUGGAGCACGCCGACCUGUCCCGCGUCUUCCUGGCCGGCUGCAGCGCCGGCGCCAACAUCGCGCACAACACGGCCGUGCGGGCCUCCGCCGCCGGCGCGCUCCCCGACGGCGUCACCAUCCGCGGGCUCGCCCUGGUGCACCCGUACUUCACGGGCAGCGAGGCCGUGGGCGGCGAGAUGGCGUUCGGCCCCGAGAUCCGGCCGUUCAUGGACCGGACCUGGCGGUUCGUGGUCUCGGAGACGGUGGGGCUGGACGACCCGCGCGUGAACCCGUUCGUGGACGACGCGGCGCGCAAGGCCUCCGCCGGGAUCCCCUGCGAGCGCGUGCUGGUGUGCGUGGCCGAGAACGAUUUCCUGCUCAAGGAGCGCGCGCUGUGGUACCACCGGGAGAUCAAGGCCAGCGGGUACGCCGGCGAGGUCGAGCUGUUCGAGUCUAAGGGCGUCGGCCACGCGUUCCACUUCGACAUGUUGGACUCGGAGCAGGGCGUUGAACUCCAGGAGCGGAUCGUGGCUUUCAUCAAGAAAUGA